AUGAAGACCCUCCAAAUUGAUGGCAAACUGGUCAAGUUACAAAUUUGGGAUACUGCUGGCCAGGAACGGUUUCGGACCAUCACCCAAAGUUAUUACAGAAGUGCAAAUGGAGUUAUCAUUGCUUAUGAUGUUACGAAAAGGUCUUCGUUUGAAAAUAUUCCACGAUGGAAUGUCUCAUUCUCUCCCUUUUCCCCCAUCGCCCACUUUUCUCUCCCCUAUCGCCCACUUUUCUCUCCCUUUGCCCCUAUCCUUCACUUUCCCAUUUUUUUUCCUUCUCUUCCAUUUUCUCUGCUUUUUGUCUCACCUCGAUUUUCUCUCCAUUUUUUUCUACUUUCUCACCUUUUUCCUCUCUUUUGCUUUCAUUCUUUUUUUUUUCCUCUCUGCCGCGUUCAUCCUUUUUUUUCCUCUCUGCCGCGUUCAUCCUUUUUUUUUUCUCUCGCGCUUCUUCAUUCAUUUUUUUUUCCUCUCUUCCACCUUAUAUAUUCCUUCAUUUUUUUUCCUCUCUGCCGCUUUCAUCCUUUUUUUCCUCUCUUCCGCUUUCAUCCUUUUUUUUCCUCUCUUCCGCUUUCAUCCUUUUUUUUCCUCUCUUCUGCCUUCAUUGCUUUUUUUUCCUCUCUUCCACCUUCAUUCCUUUUUUUCCUCUCUUCCGCCUUCAUCCUUUUUUCUCUAUUCCGCUUUCAUCACUUUUUUUUUCCUCUCUUCCGCUUUCAUUUUUUUUUUUUCCUCUCUUCCGCCUUUCAUCCUUUUUUUUUUUCCUCUCUUCCACCUAAUUUUUUUUUUUUUCCUCUCUUCCGCCUUCAUUUUUUUUUUCCUCUCUUCCACCUUUCAUUCCUUUUUCCUCUCUUCCGCUUUCAUCCUUUUUUUUCCUCUUCCGCUUUCAUCCUUUUUUUCUUCUCUUCCGCUUUCAUCCUUUUUUUUUCCUCUCUUCCGCUUUCAUCCUUUUUUUUUCCUCUCUUCCGCCUUCAUUGCUUUUUUUUCCUCUCUUCCACCUUCAUUCCUUUUUUUCCUCUCUUCCGCCUUCAUUUUUUUUUCCUCUCUUCCGCUUUCAUUCCUUUUUUUUUCCUCUCUUCCGCUUUCAUUCCUUUUUUUUUUCCUCUCUUCCGCCUUCAUCGCUUUUUUUUCCUCUCUUCCACCUUCAUUCCUUUUUUUUCCUCUCUUCCGCCUGCAUUGCUUUUUUUUCCUCUCUUCCACCUUCAUUCCUUUUUUUCCUCUCUUCCGCCUUCAUUUUUUUUCCUUUUUUUCCUCUCUUCCACCUUCAUUUUUUUUUCCUCUCUUCCUUUCAUUCUUUUUUUUUCUCUUCCGCCUUUCAUUUUUUUUUUUCCUCUCUUCCACCUUCAUUCCUUUUUUUUUCUCUUCCUUCUGCAUUCAUUUUUUUUUUUCUUCCUCUUUUUUUUUUCUCUCUUCCUUUUUUUCCUUUUUUCCUCUCUUCCACCUUUUUUUUUUUUUUUUCCUCUUCUUCCUUCAUUCCUUUUUUUUUUUCCUCUCUUCCUUUCAUUCCUUUUUUUUCCUCUCUUCCACCUUCAUUUUUUUUUUUCCUCUUCCCUUUCAUUUUUUUUUUCCUCUCUUCCCUUUCAUCCUUUUUUUUCCUCUCUUCUUUUUCAUUGCUUUUUUUUCCUCUCUUCUUCCUUCAUUCUUUUUUUUUCCUCUCUUCCUUUCAUUCCUUUUUUUUUUUCUCUUCCUUUCCUUUCAUUCCUUUUUUUUUCCUCUUUUUUUCUUUUCCUUUCUUUUUUUUUUUUUCUCUUCCUUUCAUCCUUUUUUUUUCUCUUUCCUUUUUUUUUUUUCCUCUCUUCCUUUCAUCCUUUUUUUUUUCUCUCUUCCUUUCAUCCUUUUUUUUUUCCUCUCUUCCUUUUUUUCAUCCUUUUUUUUUUUCUCUUCCUUCAUUUUUUUUUUUUUUUUUCUCUUUCUUUUUCUUUUUUUUUCCUCUCUUCCUUUCUCCUUUUUUUUUUUUCCUCUUCCUUUCAUCUUUUUUUUUCCUCUCUUCCGCCUUCUUUUUUUUUUUUCCUCUCUUUUCCUUUUUUUUUUCUUUUUUUUUUUUUUUUCUCUUUUUUCCUUUUUUUUUUUUUUUUUCCUUUUCUCCUUCAUUUUUUUUUUUUUUCUCUUCCUUUCUUUUUUUUUUUUUUCUCUUCUUUUUUUUUUUUUUUUUUCCUCUCUUCCUCUUUCAUUCCUUUUUUUUUUUCCUCUCUUCCUUUUUUUCAUCACUUUUUUCCUAUCUUCGCUUUCAUCACUUUUUUUUUCUCUUCGCUUUCAUCAAUUUUUUUCCUCUCUUCCGACUUUCAUCACUUUUUUUUUCUCUUCCGCUUUCAUCCUUUUUUAUCUUCCGCUUUCAAUUUUUUUUUCCUCUCUUCCGCUUUUUAUCCAUUUUUUUUCCUCUCUUUCCGCCUUCAUCAAUUUUUUUUUCCUCUCUUAUCACAAUCUAAAAAACUUUUUUUUUCCUCUGUUUUUGUUUUGUUUUUUUUUUCUUCUCUUCUGCCUUUUCAUAUAUUUUUUUUUCUUCUGAAAUUAUCAUUUUUUUUUCUCUUCCGCUUUCAUCUUUUUUUUUCUCUUUUAUUUCAUCCUUUUUUUUAA